AUGACCGAUGAUGAAUGUAAAAUUGAGUUUAGAUUUUACAAGAAUGACAUUUACAACUUGGCAGAGGUGUUUACUUUACCGGAUCGGAUCGUUUGCUACAAUGGUGUAAAUGUCGACAUGGUUGAGGCAUUGUGCAUUUUUCUUAAAAGAUUUGCCUAUCCCUGUAGAUACGUAGACAUGAUACCCAGAUUUGGAAGGCCAGAACCACAAUUGUGUAUGAUCUCAAAUGCUGUUACGAACAAGAUGUAUCAAACAUGGAACCGACUUCUCACUGAUUUGAACCAGGAUUGGUUAAGACCCGAUCAUUUAGAGGAGUUUGCCGUUGCAGUUCACAACAGGGGAGCUGCUCUAGACAACUGUUGGGGGUUUGUUGACGGUACUGUGAGGCCCAUAUGCCGACCAGGACAAAACCAAAAGUGCUUAUACAAUGGUCACAAAAAAGUCCAUGCUAUAAAGUUUCAAUCUAUUGCAGCACCCAGUGGCCUUGUUGCCAACCUGUUUGGGCCUGUCGAGGGAAAGAGACACGACAGUGGGAUGUUAGCUAGAUCUGGAGUGUUAAACCAAUUGCAACGAUUUUCAGUGGACACAAAUGGGAACCCCCUAUGUAUUUAUGGAGAUGCGGCAUAUCCUCUUUGA